GGACGGUACACAAUGAGGUGGGUAGUUUGUUUGGCCCUGGCCGCACCGCUGGUGUUGCAGAUCGUCGGUGAGUCGCUCAACAGUGGCGAUGAGUGUAUGACACCCUUUGGUACGGCAGGAUUCUGCGAUCCCGUGCGCAACUGUUCGUACGUGCGGAGAAUCCUGCAAAGCCCGAACUACACGCACCUCGAUUCAUCCUAUCUGGAGACGCUGAAGUGCGGCGAGAUGAAUGUUCCCAACCGGAAGAAACCUCUCCCAUUGAUUUGUUGUCCCAAGUUCAGUAAUGAACCGACAUGCGGUGGCCAGUCGAUCGCGGAUCGGAUCUACUUCGGUGAGGAAACGGAGCUGGGCGAACAUCCUUGGGCGGGUCUGCUGUUUUACAACAUCGGACGAAACCGAACGCUGCCCAAGUGUGGCGGUGCACUUGUCUCCAAGCGGUACGUGAUAACGGCCGCUCACUGUACCGUGGACAAACCGAACUGGAAGCUAUUGUACGUGCGAUUCAACGAGUUCAACACGAGCAGCCCGGAAAAUUGCACCACCGUGGGUGAGGACAAUGUGGUCUGCCGGGAGGACUACGCGGUGGAGUCGAUAAUACCACACCCGCAGUACGACAUGACGAAUGUGUCCCGGCCGAACGAUAUCUGCAUUUUGCGGCUCGCCAUGGACGUUACGUACCACGAUUAUAUUCGACCGAUUUGUCUUCCCUUCAGCCUAGAAGUUCAGAACCUUCCGAUCGCGCUGGAAAAUUUCACCGUCACCGGUUGGGGUGAAACGGAGGAGAAACGACCCAGUGCCACGCAAAAGCACGUUGAGCUGCCUGGGCUAGAGAACGAAGACUGCAAUUCUGUGUAUGCCGUGGCCAACGUCACGCUCACCGACAAACAGCUGUGCAUCGGUGGUUUGAACGGGUCCGAUUCCUGCCGGGGAGAUUCCGGUGGUCCGCUAAUGCGACAGCAUAACGGUGGCUGGUUUUUGAUCGGCGUCGUUAGUUUCGGGGCGCGGUUUUGUGGGACCGUAAAUUUGCCCGGAGUGUACACGAACGUCAUCAAAUACCUGGAUUGGAUGGAAUCUAUAAUGUUCGUGGACAAAAAUUUGUAGCCAGAAGCGAUGUUUAUAUUUCGUAGACUUCUGAUCGAUGGGACUAAUCAAUUUUUUCGACGUUACUCGCAAGAAAAGAUA